UAGUGAAGGGCGACCAUUAUGUUUCAAAGAAGCAUCUGGACUACGGACCCUGUCAAUUACCCUUUAAGAGGAAUUUAUCAAAUUUGGGAAAACAAGCAGCAACUAUCCCUCCAAGGUCGGCUCACGAAAUAGGAAACAUGGGAGUGAGACGACUUUGGCUGCGGGCCUCACGGGGGCAGCGCAAACCAGAACCAGGAAGCCUUCCUCUCCUCUCGACUUUGUCCCUCCCGACUUUGUCCUUCCCAGGUUUCUGAGCCAGCAAGCAGUCGCUCCUCAACACAUCUUGAGCCAAUUGCAAAGGACCUAACCAAGCCCAGCCCAGGGGAAGGGACAGUUUCAGAGUUGUUUCGUUUUGAUAAAGGAUCCCUUCCUUGUUUUGGCUUUUAUUCUCGUUAGCGUUUGACGGUACUAACCCUCCCGGCUCCUCACCCCCGAAACAAUUAGUGAUUGGUAAAGCAUACCAAAUCCUUGGAGCAACCAACAAGAUGCAGUUCAUUCUCAGCUGCUUCCUGCUUCUGCCCUUACUGAUCGUCUUCACCUUAGAGUCUCUCCUGAAGCUUUUUAUUCCAAAGAAGAGAAAAUCAGUCACUGGAGAAAUCGUCCUGAUUACUGGAGCUGGACAUGGAAUCGGGAGACUGACCGCCUAUGAAUUUGCGAAACUUAAAAGCAAACUGGUUCUGUGGGAUAUAAAUAAGCAUGGAAUUGAGGAAACAGCUGCUGAAUGCAGGAGACUGGGUGCAAAGGCUCAUGCCUUUGUGGUAGACUGCAGUAACCGAGAAGAUAUUUACAAUUCCGCGAAGAAGGUGAAGGCAGAAAUUGGAGAUGUUAGUAUUUUAAUAAAUAAUGCUGGUGUGGUCUAUACAUCAGAUUUGUUUGCUACACAAGACCCUGAGAUUGAAAAGACAUUUGAAGUUAAUGUAUUUGCACAUUUCUGGACUACAAAGGCCUUUCUUCCAGCGAUGAUGAAGUGUAAUCAUGGCCAUAUUGUUACCGUGGCUUCAGGAGCCGGUUAUGUAGGGAUCCCUUUUUUAAUGGCUUAUUGUUCAAGCAAGUUUGCUGCUAUUGGAUUUCAUAAAACUUUGACUGCAGAACUUGCUGCCUUGGAAAGAACCGGAGUCAAAACAACAUGUCUUUGCCCUAAUUUCAUUAAUACUGGCUUCAUCAAAAACCCAAGUACCAGUUCGGGACCCCCCUUGGAACCUGAGGAAGUGGUAGACAAGCUGAUGAAUGGGAUCCUGACUGAGCAGAAAAUGAUUUUUGUUCCAUAUUCUGUAAAAAUUUUUACAAUAUUGGAAAGGAUCUUUCCUGAUCAUUUCCUGACAGUUUUAAAACGGAAGUUGAAUAUUAAGUUUGAUGCAAAUAUUGGAUAUAAAAUUAAAGGACAAUAAGUACUUGGUUUUGUUGAAAAUUGAUUUACCAGGUUUAAGUUGAUUUCAUCUAAUAUUAAUCAGAAUUUUAAUGUUUGGACUUCUGCUUUUCCCGAUUAUCUUUUUCUUCAAUAUCACCUUUUGAGGCUCUGGAGUAUCCUUUAUUAUUCCUGUUCUUUAACUGAAAGCUAAUGUCAUGUAAUACAAAGAGAGAAAUAUCUUAGCAAUUGACCUUAUGGAAAUCGAGAAAAAGAACAAAAGCAGUUUUACAAUAAUUUCCAAGAUUUUAUGGUUUAUAUGAAAGCUUUGCAAAAUUUGCACUGUAAAUGUUUAAGAUAUAUUUUUAUUUUUAAUCACACUUAAAUUUUAUACUAUUCACAUUUCCUUUUUCUAUUAUACAUAAAAACUUCAAGCUCUCUAAAUAUAAUGACUAUAUCUAGUGGCAUUUCACAAUGAAUUUCACAUGAUAUAAAAUAUGUCACUCAAAUAUUUCAUCCUAUACAUUACCACUCUGAUUCCAGAGAGAUACCUUAUGUUCUAAUGCCAGACAUUUCAGCACAAGGUGGACACUUGCUGCAAGUAAAAAAGUAUCAUUGGGAUUUAAAGCAGAGAAUUGGAAGAAUGUACCCAAAGUGGCAACAAUAAGAAAUGGAUCAAACUUAAACCUGUGGUGAUUCCAUCUUUUUAUUUUGAACAGAACAUGGCUUAACCGUCAAAAUAAAGAAAAACAGAUUAUGUAAUUAAA